AAUAUGAAUUUAUUAAACCGUCAACAUUCAUGGCAGUUAGCUAAAACUAAUUAGCAAAAGUCACUAACCGUAAAAUUGGAAUUAUUCGACGGCCACGGCGAUGGAAUACUAAAAUAAUCUGACGAUUCCACGAAAUUAUGGAGUUUCAUCUACUUUCAAUUUUUCUGCCAGUAGUUUUCGGCGAGAUUAAGCCCGACGUAUCGUUCGACAAGUCCAACGACAGGUUCGACCUGUCGCCCCUGAUCCAAGAGGCGACCUACGACCAGUGGGGCGAUGCUAUGGAUGGAGUUAGACGGUCUGAUGGGUUAAGCAAACCCAACGAAAGCGACACCAAGGUAUCAGAAGCGACCAAGAAGUUCAUGAGAGCCCUCAGAGGCUUCCAACGGAACUUCGACUUCAAUACUCCAGAGAACAGCGAUGAGAAUCCUGAAGAUAAAGUACAACUGAGAAGGGACCUCGUUAGUUACUUGCAUGAAAACCAGCCGGAUAUGACGAGGCGUUCAGACCCAUCAGAGAUAGACAGAGAAGUGCUAAUACAUCAUGCUGUCCCUAUCGUGAUGACGGUUGAAGGUAUAAUGCAAGUGCCAAAAAGUGAUAAAUAAAGUUAAUAAAAUUUGGACCGCUUUUAUCA